GCUGCUGCAGCCAAGAGGUAUUUCGGAGGAGAUCUUUUUCUUUGGAGGAGAUCUACUUGGCGCGGGCUGCUGGGGGCAUUCACAUAUCGGUUGGAACGGGAGGUUUGAAUCUUGGCGGCUCUCGGUUGCAUGAAAUUUGGGCCAUGUCAUCCGAGCACAAGUCGCCGGAGACGGAAGAGCGCCUUGGUGUCGUCCGCAGUGAAGGAUCUACUGGCGGUCAGGUCGAGUCGGCGUUGGGGACGGGAGGGGGUUCAUUUCCUCCGUCUCAGGUUGUGGCGGGCGCUAUUGCGGCGGCCGCGAGGGCUGCUGCCGAUGGCGUGGAUUCACCAGCAGGUGACGUGGCUUCAACAACGCAAUCAUCCGCAGAUGUUGGUGUUGCCGAGAGCAGUGGGUUUCCGACGCAAAGUCAUGCUCGGGCCUUGGCUUCCAGCGGGGACCGCCAGCCGGAGCUCGGGCGUGCGGAUGACCAAGUCCAGGCCCACGUCAUGUCUCGUUUGGCCCAUAUGUCGGUGGGUGCUGCGGCGGGGGGAGAGCCCAGCGAGGGCACCACGCUCGCGUCUGAGAAUGCGGAAAAAAUCGCUCGUCUGGAACAAGGCCAGACGAACAUUGUGGCGCAGCUUACCGAGAUCGCUGGGUUGCUGAAGAACCUCCGGCCGGAGUCGGGGCAGGAUGGGAGUCGUGGGCCCGGGGGCUCGGGAGGCCUCGGUCUGGUGCCGGCGUCGUCGCCGUGGGGCGGGGGCGCGGGCGGGGGGGCGAGUGUGCCCGCGAGGUCCAACGCCAAAGAGGAGGCGAGGAGGGAGGCCACCAUUUGGCAGGCCAAAUACAAUCAGACACUCUGGGUACUUCGGGGGCAGCGGGGGCCGGAGCCCGGGCCACAGAAAG